GGAACACUUCCGGUGGUGUUUCCUGUGUUUGUAAACUGAGGCUAGUUAGCUGAUGUGGACGGUCUGAUAAAGAACGAAAUCUCACGAGGACUGAAACAAGUGCCAGAUGAUAGGAAUAGGUGUGACCUAUUGUCUAGCGCAUCAUCCUGAGUGACAUCUCUUCUGGCCACCUUGUCCCCGCCCCUUUCCCCACCCUCUCUCAUCCGGUGUCCACGGUGAUGUCACACAUACCAAGCAGCUCGGUCCGUGACCAUAUGAAAUGGGCGGGGCUGCUCGGUUGUGAAGCAGUUCUUUCCAGCAUGGCCCUGAUGCAAGCCAGUUCCAUGGCUGCCCCCAAGAAAAUGAUGUCACCACUGGGUCCAGCUCCAGGCCAUGGAUCGGGUCAGAGGGAUGUGCAGGACCGCGGGGCACAGGGACACAUGGUCUUGCCAACUGGGAUGAGCUGUCCUCCACUGCUUCUCCGAAAAGAAGGAGAUUUCCAUGCGCCCCGGUUGCUAGAUGAGAAGGAAAUGGGAUCCAAUGAGGACAUGCAGCUGAAGAAAAAGAACAGGAAGUCGGGAACGCCCUGUAAAGUCAGGGAGCAGGACGGGAAAGGAGGGAAGGCUGUUGUGGUGGACGAAAAUGGGAACUGUCCACUUUCCAAAGUGCAGAAGAAUUUCAUCUGUGAUCACUGCUAUGGGGCAUUCAGAAGUGGUUAUCAUCUGAAAAGACACAUUCUCAUUCAUACUGGGGAGAAGCCAUUUGCUUGCGCCAUAUGUGACAUGAGAUUUAUUCAGCGUUACCACUUGGAAAGACACAGCCUUACUCAUACUGGGGUGAAGCCAUAUGCUUGCACCAUGUGUGACAUGAGGUUUUUCCAACGUUACCACUUGGAGAGACACAGCCUCACUCAUACUGGGGUGAAACCGUAUGCUUGCACCAUGUGUGACAUGCGGUUUUUCCAACGUUACCACCUUCAGAGACACAGCCUCAUUCACACGGGGGUGAAGCCCUACGCUUGCUCCAUGUGUGACAGGCGUUUUUUCCAACGCUACCACCUGCAGAGACACAGCCUCACUCAUACGGGGGUGAAGCCGUAUGCUUGUUCCAUGUGUGACAUGAAGUUUUUUCAGCGUUACCAUCUGCAAAGACACAGCCUAACCCAUACGGGGGUGAAGCCAUAUGCUUGUUCUAUGUGCCAUAUGAGAUUUUUUCAGCGUUGUCACCUUCAGCGACACAGUCUCACCCACACGGGGGUGAAGCCAUUUGCUUGUACCAUGUGUGAUAUGAGGUUUUUCCAACGCUACCACCUCCAGAGACACAGCAUCACCCAUACGGGAGUGAAGCCUUACGCUUGUUCCAUGUGUGACAUGCGUUUUUUCCACCGUUACCAUCUGCAGAGACACAGCCUCACUCACACUGGGGUGAAGCCCUACGCUUGUAACAUGUGUGACAUGCGUUUUUUUCAACGCUACCACCUGCAGAGACACAGCCUCACCCAUACGGGGGUGAAGCCAUAUGCUUGCUCGAUGUGCGACAUGAGAUUUUUUCAACGAUACCAUCUGCAGAGACAUAGCCUCACUCAUACGGGGGUGAAGCCGUAUGCUUGCUCGAUGUGUGACAUGCGGUUUUUCCAACGUUACCACUUGGAAAGACACAGCCUCACUCAUACUGGAGAGAAGCCGUUUGCAUGCGACAUGUGCGACAUGCGCUUCAUCCAAAGGUAUCACUUGGAGAGACACAAGCGUGUGCACAGCGGGGAAAAGCCUUAUCAGUGCGAGCGGUGCCAGCAGAAUUUCUCGCGCACAGACCGGCUUCUAAGGCAUCGGCGGCUGUGCCAAGGCAGGGGUGUGGCUAAAGUGGAGGCUCAACCCUGCUGUGAGCCCCGCCCCUUCCCCCAGGAGCCACCCCCAGCACCUCCAGCUACCUGGAGUCCCCUCCAUCCGCCCCCUGGCCGACUUGCAGUCUGACAUUCUCCUGUUUAACCUCCAAGACCCACCCUUAAAAAUAAUGCGGACGCUCCUGCCUCUCUCACUGCCGCCUUGCACAGUGGCUUCAGCUACUGGCUGAGACUGAUUUCAGAGGGAUAAGGGAGGAAAUAUUCUUCUGCCAUGUUAUCAUUUAGAGAAAGGGUGAAAGAAACAGAUUUGAUUUGGGAUUGUUUUAUACUUUAAAAGAUUUAUUUCAGCUUUUUUUUAAAGAUUGGUUGACUGUUUCGGUGGUACGUGGAUGGGAACAAGAAAAGGGGGUCAAAGGACAGCAUGUUUGAGCAAAUCAGGGAAGAAUGCCUGAAUAACAUUUCACAAAAGCACGACUACAAUAUUUAGCCAGUAAGAGAAAUGAUGAGGAUUUAUGUGACAGCACUCUUAUGCUUUUCAAUAGUGGAAGGUUACAGAUUUAGACAACCAUUUACACAAUUGUGUUUGUUCUACUGGACCUAUAAAAAAAAAGUCAGCAUCUUGUGACAUGUACUGUAAAAAUCAAACAAAGAAAAAAAUGCCAUCCUGUCUCCAGUACCCUACUGUGCUGAGGACUCAGGAAAUGUCCUAUAACUAUUACAAGAUCUAAUUAUAAGAUCUACAAUACUUGUGAAAAUGGCACAAUAUGGUUACAUACAUUCAUUAUUCACUUCAUAAAACAUUAAACAAAACUUUUCUCUCUGCUAUAACUUCACAUCAAUAUUCUCACUAGGUAUGACUUUCAAGGAAUUAUAUGUAAAUGUAACUCUAUUAACUGGUUUGUGCUGUAACUUUUGUCUAAUUUGGUGGAGAUGGCACAAGUGAUGUGCAGUCACAGUGCAAAGAUAAACACUUGUCCAUCUACAAUAUCUCAUGUUCAAUCACAUUACUACUACAAAAUGUGUUACUGUCAGUGAUGUAUCUACAUAGGAAAUGGCACACGAUGGAAGCUCCCAAAAGACCCUAAACAUAACCUGCAAAUCGUCAUUUUUAAAGAAUUUGUGGCCUUAGGAUGUAAUCAUGUAUUCAUAUUAAAGUGGUAUUUGUUUUGUUUUUAACUUGGCUAUCACAAAAAAUAGUUGCAUAAAUUUACAGGGAUGUUAAAAGAUAUGGACAGUCACUGCCUGUGUGUUUUAUCCAUUUAAGCCAUCGUUGUAACUAUAUCUUGCCAUUUCUGUAAGCACCACUGUGUUGGAACAUCCCAUUUUUUAUGACUAUAAAUUGUCAAACUUAUUAUUUUAAUAGGGGUUUGACUAGCAUCAAGAACAUUUCCAAUAUGGUACCUUGUGAUAUUGUCUCAUUCUUGUUAGGUUUGAGACAUUGUGGCCAUGUCCUUUGUUUGGUUCAGAACCUCAGAGGGCUGGGUUUACCCUCACCUAGUUUGCAUACUAAAUGCCUUUAACACGCAUGGGCUGCUUACAAGGUGAAAGGCAAACUGAUAAUUGUACCAAAUAGCUUAGUAACAAUUUUAAUGUCUCCCCAAUUCUGUUUUAACCUCAGACUUGAUCUUCACUAUAUUCUGUGGGUUUCUUGUGUGCUUGGUACCAAUUAACAUACCAGUAUGUCAGUUGAGCAAGUCUCUGCCACCUGGCGAUAUCUGGCAAACCUGUAUUAAAUGAGGUGUAAUGUGGGGAGAUGCUAACUGACUAGUAACACAAGACAUUGCCACAUUUUUAUGAAACAACCUAUAUUUUUCCCUUUGUGUUUUAUGUAUGAUUUAUAUAUCAAGAAAUGGACUACAACUUCUCUUAGUUCUGUAGCAACAUGCUGUGUGUAUUUUUAAUAACUUUUUUUAUUUCUAAUAUAAAUUUAAAACACUGGAGCAAAAAGUGAAAGUUAAACUAUAGACAUUUUUUGUUUUAUAUUAAAAAUGGUUUGUAGUCAUUAGACAAAGCCUCUCUUCGAAAUGGACUGAACAAAUUGGAAUGGUGUUUUAUCAUGGUCCCUCCAUUAUGUUCAGGUUUUAAGGAAAAUAGGGGAAAACGUUAUUUGAAUUGUUAGAAAUGUUAUAGAAAAUCUUUCCCACCACACUAUUUUAGGGAAUUAUAUGGUUAGAAACGUUAGAAAAAAACUGCAUCAAUAGUAGCUAACAGUAGUUCUUGUUUAUUUUAUCUUGCAUGCCAUUGCAGUUAUUACUGUUAAAACUUGUAUUGAUUUUUUUUUUUCUUCCUUAAAAAUGCUGUAUUGAUAAUUACUGUAAACAUGGGCAAAUGAAUCCAGACAAACCUUGUGAUCCAAUUAGUUUUCAUUGUGUGGAGUGAGGAGAGGGGCUUCCAUUAUGCAGAAAUAAAAUCCUUUAAAAGAA